AAUCCUGCCCUUUUCCGUCCGACCACGCCUCAUCCACUCCCCAAACCUCCAACCAGACUCUUCGAGACUGCAAAACCGUCCGCAAAAAUGAGACCGACUCAGAUCCUCCGAAGCGGCGACGCUGACCCCGUCAACGGACACUACCUGGGCAACUGGGGCCACUUCGGUGGUGAGAAGCAGCGAGGUAUCGUCACCUACGGUCUGUCCGCCAACCGACAGAACCCCUGGGCCGGCGCCACCCACGCCGCCAUCUUCAACACCUUCCGCCGAACCAAGAGCCAGAUCUUCUUCUGGCUCCCUCCCAUGCUGGCCGGUUACUACAUCAUGGACUGGGCCGUCCACCGAAGCGAGUACCUCAACUCCAAGGCUGGUCGCGCCGAGUUCGCUGAUGAGGAGGAGUAA